AUGGGGAAGGCCCUCGUCAGCGUCAUCAGUUCGCUCCGUCGAAUCCAGGGCGGCUUACAUCGCCACCUCUUUGAGAAAUCAAUGGCUGGGAUGGGCACGAGAGAGAACAAGCUGAUCCGCCCGAAUGUGCGGCACCGCGACCCGCACGUCAUGGCAAUGAUCAAGGAGGCCGCAUCAACAGCAGCUGGCGGAACGCUGUAUGCUAGGAUGGGUGAGGGAUGA